AUACAGAGUGUUUUGGUGAAGAUGUGAGUGUUGUUAUUCUGUCUAUUUUUGUAAUUAGUGUUGUGUUAUAGAAGUGUUUAAUUUUUACACUCGACAUAAUAACAAUGCUAGUUUCAAAAUGAAAGGUGUUUUCCUGGAAGCACUGAAUUGUUUAAAAUCCAGUUAUAACUAUUUUGAAGGCGAAUAUGUUGAUGUAUCAGAAAAAUAAUGGCUAGUAUUAAUGCCACGGAAUGACUGGAGUUAUGGAGCAAGGCCCCUCCAGUAAUAGGGCAGAGCUGCAUCAUCAUCAUCGUCACCACCACCAUAGACACCAUCAUAGGCACUACCAUAACCAACAAACCCAACAUGCUCAGCAUAGCCAGCACACCCAACAUUCACAGCAUAAUCAACAUUCACAACAUAACCAACCCUCUCAACACAUUCAACAUUCCACACAUAAUCAGCAUUCACAUCAUGGUCAACACAGUCAACACAGUCAAAACAGUCAUCACAGCCAGCAUACUCAGCAUAACCAUCAGAAUCAACAAAACCAGACAAAUCAUAGGAAACUUCGAAACUACAAGCUUCUGGUUGACCCGUGCAUUGCUAAAGGUUCUUCAAAGGUUUAUCGUUAUGAUGGCGUUAACCCAAGUGAUCCACUUUGUCCACCUGUGCAAUUACGAGAUCCACGUUCACAGAUGACAAGGAUAUGGACGAGGUUGGAACCACUGGACAUUCCAGUGCCUAAAUUCAAGAUUGAUGAUAACUAUGUGGGUGACAGGCCACCUGUAGAAGUGACAAUAUGCAACCUGAACGACAAUAUUGAUGCAGCAUUCCUAACGGACAUGGUCCAGAAGUUCGGGAUUGUGGAGGAAUUGAUAGUAUACUACCAUCCUGUCUCCAACAAACACUUGAGCUUGGCAAGAGUGGUUUUUGAAAAUGUUAAAUCAGCUCGAGGUUGUGUUGACAAGUUGAAUAAUACAUCUGUGAUGGGGAAAGUGCUGAGUGUGUUCCUAGACUCAUUUGGUACAGAAUGUAAAAGAAAGUACCAAGACCAAGUGGACAGUAAAAAAGCAGAUAGUUCUAUUUUGGACUUUCCCCCCGAAACUGAUAAAACUUCGCCUGCGGUUACAGAAAAGGACAGUAGCAACACUGCAUUUAGUAGCAAGAAGCUUGGACCUCAGGUUCCAUUGGCUUCCAAUCUCGAAGACUCAGUGCGAUGGGGUGAGAAGGAUGUUGCUGCCGCAGCUCAUCCACAGACUGUUAGAAAAGACAGCAUAAAACCUCAUCUGGAGAAAGACUACAAAUUGAUGCCUGAAGCAGGCAUUCCCUCCCAUGAUUUUUCCACUCCAGGAUCCAACACCAGUGACUACGGAACUGGGCUUAGUGAAAGUAGUAGCUACACGGAGAAUGGUUAUGUCAGCAGCAGUGAUCUGAACUACCACGGUGCAGUCGAGUCAAAAACACUAUCAAGUGCUGCAACAGUGCCGGUCGUACAACAGCAGUACAUGUACCAUGACCAGUACACAUCAGUUCGCCAGUCUUCGUCACUACAUCAGACCUCGUCGAUACACCAGGCCUCGUCGAUACACCAGGCUUCGUCGAUACACCAGGCCUCGUCGAUACACCAGGCCUCAUCGAUUCAUCAAGCCUCAUCGAUACACCAGGCCUCGUCGAUACACCAGGCCUCGUCGAUACACCAGGCCUCGUCGAUACAUCAGACUCCGUCGAUGCAUCAGCUCCCAUCGCUACAACAGAUGCCAUCACUACACCAGGCCACUUCGAUUCACCAACCGUUGUCAAUACAUCAACCCCCUUCGAUACACCAGUCGCCAUCUAUACAUCAACCACCAUCAAUACACCAGCCACAGUCGAUACCAUCGAUGCAUCAGCCCUCUUCGAUACAUCAAGCUCCAUCAGUUCGUCAGACCCAGUCGGUUCACUAUCCUGAUUACGAUCCAUCGAUACCUCCUCCCAGCAUCACGCGCAGCACUAUCCCCCCACCGAUGAUUCACCCUGUGGCACUACCCCCUCACAUACCCACCAUGCCUGCCCCUGUGGUACAGCCCCACCACUGGUGGAGGUCUAUGUCUGUGCCUCAUUGGGACCAGCCAGAGAUGGUUCAUAGCCCGGCACUUCCACCUCCUCCAGUCGUAGAUACCAGGCACAGUAAGCCACCUGUCAAGGCUCCGGAUGUGAUUGACAGUUCGAAACACUUGGACCUGGACACGAGACUCGAUAUGCUUCUGAAGGGUAAGUGCGUGGGAAGCUUGGCACCUCAGUUUUUGCAGUUAAGUGGGCCUAGUGACACAGAGGAAGAAGCUUCCAAGUUGGAGCCGAGAAUUUCCCAAUCCUUUGUGAAGAAUCAGUUUCCCGCAAACAGGUUUCCAAGGACAGACACGCGAAGGUCUUCAGAAUCAUCCAGUAACUCGAAUCAUGAACAUACCCAGCUCAGCAGCAGGGUAAGUGAAGGCGACUCUGAUGAUCCUGAUGAAUUGCUGUUGGAUCCACCGUCUCCAUUCCUGUCCAAGGAACUUUAUCAUAAGUGGCAUAGUUUUCGUGUGUCUCAGUCUCGAAAGGCUGGCAAGAAUAAGAUAGCUACGCAUGCAGGUAAGAAAAAUUGUGUUCUGGAUACCGAGAAUGGUAGCCCUAUUAGUAGUAGUGAAGACGAGGUGUUAACCGCCGGGGAUGCGGAGCAUCAUUCGUACUUCAGCCCCAAACAGUUCCAGUCCCAUGUUCAUAGUGAUGCAAUACCAACAUUUCUUAAUUUUUUCGAUCGUUCAGAGGACGGGAAUGUGGAAGUGAGCAGACAGUCGACGCCCCUGCAGGACGAAAAGCGCGACGAUGACGGAAUGUCGUUGUCGAGUCUGGGUUCCACCGAUGGACGGAUAGAGGUGUCGGCACAACCGGCGCCGGUCGGCGACUACCCGGCGCAGACGUCCUACCUGGACAUGAGCAUACCUCCCCCGUCGGUCGCCGGGUACACGAUGCCUCCGACGUACCCUAAGUAUCCGUACUACCAGCCGGGACAGUUCUCCGGCUCGGAAGCGUCGUGGACCAAGCCGCUGGCGGGGAGCGGUUACACCUGCCCAUCGGCAUCGUACUUGAACCAGCAUUGCCCGACAGGCACGCUGACUGCGCCGUCGUGGGCUCUGUACGGCUACCACAUGCUGCCGCAGUGCGUCAGUAGCGACAGUCUGGAUCCGCAGGCUCCCACCAUCACUGCCGUCUUGGAGAAGGUGGUUGAUGAGUUGAAACAGAUUCUGAAACGUGAUUUCAACAAAAAAAUGAUUGAGAACACUGCAUUCAAGGCGUUUGAAAACUGGUGGGAUGAAUGUGAAAACAAACACAAGGCAGCUACUCGCUCCGUUUCUGAUAGUGCUGUCGUUCCGGAAGCAAAUGUAAGCACAAGUGUUAAGGAGAACGUGCUGAGCUCUUUCCUGGACAGCGGGAGAGACUGCUUUGGCAUGGAUUCCAUUGGCAUCUCUGGACUCGGACUUGGUUUCAGAGCAGCCAUUCCUAAGAUGCCGUCAUUCAAGCGUAAAAUGAAAGCUCCAUCUCCGACGCUGAACGGAGAUGAUUCCUGGCGAGACAUGGCAGAAAGUGAUCAAGAUGAGACCAUGCACUCUAGUUCGGAAGCAUCAGUACAGAAGGAGUUUUCGAAUGCAGAUGAUAAGUUGUCGCCUGUCGAUGCCUCACAUUUCGACUCUGAUAGAAGCUCCAAGAUGUCGUCGUCAUCAUCUGACUUUUCCACUUCAGGCGACGAAAGCAGCUCUGAGUGCGAGUACGAAGUUGAAGACGACGACUUGGACUCCUCCACAAGUGAAGACUUUGUUAAAAAGCUUCUAGAAAUGGAGUUGGAGGAACUCUAUGAGUACAGUAGGGAGAAGACCCCUGAGGGCAGGACGACUCCAGUCCCGGCAGAGGAACUUGCAGAGGAACAGCUAGAGUUGGAAGAAGUUGCGGAGCUGCCAGACCAGCGAGUUGAGGCUGCAGGCGUAAAGCAAGUGUACGAAGAGCACACAGGUUCAACCACGGAGGAUGCUGAUGAAGGAGAGGACGGGUCGUAUGACUAUGACGCAGAGGAAUUUGCGAUCUCUGACAAACGGGUGUCGUUUGCCCGUGAGGACCCGGUUGUUCCUGCAAGCAGUGAAGUGGCGGACUCCGGCAGCCUGCACGGUCGUAAGAGCUUGGCUAGCGAAGAGGCUCCGGUCAUCUUCUCGCCUCACAGCCCUGACCAUCGUCCUGCACACGUGGACAGGAGUAUUCCGAGCAGAGUCGUGUUGGAGAGGCUUCCGGAGGCCGUCGUGAGUCCCGAAGUGGAACCUCCGAACGAUGCGUACGCGGAGAGCGUGAGAUCGCCCGACGUUGUGGAGGUGCCGUCGCACCGGCGAGAAGUCGAAGAUGGCGAACUUCCGCCUCCUCAUUUCGCCAUAGAGCAUUCCUACAGUCUUCCGCCGAGCAAAUGUCGCCCCCCAGCAGAGAGCGAAGAGGAAAGUGGCCUGACGCCUCCAAAGCAAAGAAAAUUAAUAUCUGAUCAGCAGAAUAUGAAUGCAUUUGACCAUGAUCACGGCUAUGUUCAGAGAGGGAGAACUCCUCAGCUUGCAGCACCCCAGGAAGGCAAAAAUUUGCAAACAGAACUGGCAAAACUAGUUGAAGACUUCAAGUACCCAUCUUAUCAGAAAAUGUUCUCUAGAGGGAUUGUGACACCAGCAGUGUCUUUUGGAAAGAGGGAUAUUGUGGCAGAAAUGCAUGUUUUUUAUGACUUUUUGACAAAUGGCAUUGAUGCUGAAGAUGUGAAAUAUCUGAAGCGAAGUUAUGAAAUGAUGUUAGCUGAUGAUGCCAUUGGGUACUGGCUCAAUGAUACUCAUUGGGUCGACCAUCCAUUGACUGCCAUUCCACCUCCUAAGAGAAGAAAACGAGACAUCACCAGAAUACAUGCCUCUGGUUGUGCCAGAUGCGAGGGCUUCUACAGAAUCGACAUGUUUGAGAAGUUAAAACACAAGAGCCACUACGGGCAGACGGCGGAGCCGGCGGAGGGCGAGCGGGCGGACCCCGACGCGCAGGCCGGCAGCUCCAAGUCGCUGUCCGGCAAGCUGCAGGCCCUCAUGCGCGAGGCGCGAAGCAACCAGCGGCGGCUGCUCACGGCCUUCGGCACCGACACGGACAGCGACCUCCUCAAGUUCAACCAGCUGAAGUUCCGCAAGAAGCAACUGAAGUUCGCAAAAUCUGCCAUACACGACUGGGGCCUGUUCGCCAUGGAGCCCAUAGCAGCAGACGAGAUGGUGAUUGAGUACGUAGGGCAGAUGGUCCGGCCGUCUGUCGCAGAUCUGAGGGAGAGGCACUACGAGGCGACUGGCAUUGGCAGCUCCUACCUUUUCCGGAUAGAUCUAGACACAAUAAUUGAUGCCACAAAAUGCGGGAAUUUGGCUAGAUUCAUCAACCACAGCUGCAAUCCCAACUGCUAUGCAAAAAUUAUUACAAUAGAAGGCCAGAAAAAGAUAGUGAUCUACUCCAAACAGCAGAUCAACGUCAAUGAAGAAAUUACGUACGACUACAAGUUCCCAAUCGAAGAUGAGAAAAUUCCUUGUUUGUGUGGACAUGUGCAGUGUAGAGGAACACUCAACUAGUGAGGUGUAGUUGUAACACACAAAAAGGUUCAAUGAAGUUAAUUUCAAUACUGUGGACAUUUUCUCAGGGACGGUAAAUGAAAACUUGAACGUUUGUUGUUUGACGAUGUAUAUUUAUAAAAUUAAUUUGUAUUGUACAUACUGUAAAAUAGCUUUUGAAUACUAUAUUUGAGAUAGUAAUGAAGUGAUACGUAAAAUUGGACAACUCUUGUGAUGUGCUCUCUUCUGAAGCUGUCGGGUACUGUUGAUAAAACAGUUGUGCAUGUGUGUGUGUGUGUGUGUGUGUGUGUGUGUGUGUUCGUUGGGUGUGUAAUGCGAGAGUUGUAGUUAUAAUGCUCCUUGAAUGUAUAUAAAUUGAUUACCUAAUUUUAUAUUGUUUUUAAUUUAUUUGUGAUUUGUAUGCAUCGACGAUAAAAAUAUUAUUGUGUAACUGUAAAAUGUUGCCAUCGAGCAUUUUUGCGACAAAUAUUAAAACUAUUUCUGUGGA